AUGGCGUAUAUGCUCCAACAACAAGCCCGCCGGCUAGCCUUCUACACCAACUCCAGCUCAGAUGAUAACCUGCGCAAAAGCCCCUCACGCAGCAUCAAGCCACAAAUAAGACGCGUUGACUCCAACGCCCCGCUGUCGCAUAUUGUCGCUGCCCUCGAAGAAGAUGGGUGUGUGGUGAUUACAGACUUCACUUCUCCCUCCAGCAUCGAUGCUGCUCUACAAGAGCUCGAACCAUACCUCGAUACACUUUCGCCAAGCGACUCCGAGAAGCCGGCUACGGAACAUACGGUGACCAAUACUCUGCCCCUGAGUGAUCUGCUUGCCUCCAAUGAGGGCCUACGCUCAGCUAUACUCGGUCCUCCUCUCAUCCAUUCGGUUGCGGCCCACUUCCUGACGUUGUCGACGACUCACUACGCUGCGAACAACCCCGUCGCCACCACCGCGCAACCUGCCCUCUCUAAUGCCGUCGCUCAGGUCCUACGACCUAGUCAGACCCCACCGCCACUCUCUCGUCCCGAUGCCAUCCAUCACCAUCGCCAUCUCCAGAGCUCGACUUAUACCUCUGGUCGCGAUGUUGCCCUACAUCUCAUUGUUCCCACAUCAGAUACCUCGCCAGCAACAGGCGCUCCCAGAGUCGUCCCCGGCAGCCAUCUCUGGAGCGAUGGCCCGCCAGACUUUGACGCCGAACACGGCAUCAUUAGUGUCGAGAUGGAGAAAGGCGAUGCGCUCAUCACGCUCGGCUCGCUCUACCAGGCAUCCGGCUCGUUCAGAACGGGUGAGAAGGCCGAGACGAUGAUGUUCUACCACGUGAGCUUCUGCAAUGGCGUGACGAGGCCGGAAGUCCUGCCUCUGUUGAAAUUGGGCGGCGAAGGUCGUGAAGGAGAGUGA